AUGGCAAGCGGGCUGGCCAAGUAUACGCUGCCGACGACAAGCAAGCUCUCGCCGCUGGUGGUGCGGGUGCUCGGGCUCAACCCGGGACCGUUCACCCUCGGCGGGACGAACACCUAUGUGGUGGGGAACGGGACGGAACGGGCACUGGUGGACACGGGCGAGGGCAAGGACGGAUACCUCGAGGCGCUGAGUCAGGCGCUGGUGGACGAAGGCGUUGAGCGGAUCUCGCCCAUUCUCCUCACCCAUCACCACCACGAUCACGUCGGCGGACUGGCGCAGCUCGCGGCGGCCAACUCGAGCCUCUUCGACCUCUCGCGGGUGUACAAGCUCCCGCAUGCCGACGACAGCAGCUGGACCCCCGAGGGUGUCGCCGUCCACCCGCUGGCGGACGGUGAUGAGUUCGCCGUCGAUGGCGCAACGCUGCGGGUUGUCGCCACGCCGGGACACACGCCGGAUUCGAUUUCGCUCGUCCUUGACGAGGAGGGCGCGGUGCUGACGGGCGACACCGUGCUCGGCUCAGGCUCCACGACGGUCUUUACGGAUCUGAGCGGGUACAUGGUCUCACUGCGGCGGCUGAUGGCGCUGCUACCGGACGAGAGCCCCGCGCGGCUGUAUCCGGCCCACGGCCAGGUUGUCGACGAUGGCAGGGCGCUCAUUGCUGACUACAUCCACCACCGCGAGGAGCGCGAAGCCCAGAUCCUGCAAGCUGUGCAGACCGCGGGCGAGACCGGCGUCACAACAGCAGAUAUUGUGGCCUCGCUCUACGCCGGUUACCCCGCCAAAGUCCUCGGCGCUGCCGCCCGCGGCGUCGAUCUUCAUCUCACCAAGCUUGCUGACGACGGGCUGGUGGCUUGGUCGCCUGGCGGCUUGGCAGUCUCUCUCAAGUGGCUGGUCGUUGUUGUCGUCGCCGUCGUCGCAGUUGGACGGGUGACCGGUGCUCGGUGUGUCUUUGGUCCGCCGGCCGAGGCCCGCAGCUUGGAAGCUGAUCGGUUCCGAGGCAAUGCGUUCUUCUUCUUCCAAUCGGGCACGUUGACGGAGGUGACGGUCGAGUUUGCCGGCCCGGUGCGGAUUGUGGUCAUCGAGCGCGAGGCUACAGCGUCAGAUGGCGGCAGCUUGGCGGCGACGACUGUGUGGGAUGCCGAGGCCGUCGCUGUCGUUACUGAUGUUUCGGGCGUGUACGCGGUCGCGCUCGAGGUGGAGGUGGAGGCCGGCAAGAUCUACACCAUUGGCGCGGCGUGGCGCGGCCAUCGUGCGUACACCGUCCACGCUUUUGCCGGCACGCGGUUCCCGGCAUGCGCUAGCUGGGAGCACGGCGUCGGUCAGAACAAUGUCGCCGUAGGCGGCAAGCUCAACGACCUGGCACCUGCGGCCACGAAUGUGUACGCCAUCGGAUGGACGCUUGAGCCGGCAAGCGGGAGCCCGCUUGCCGCCGGGCCCUGUCCCACCUUCUUUGAUCACGUGGCGUGCAGCAACUCGAGCUGCGGCGGAACAGCCGGAUGCUCCUGCAGUCCGUCGAGGGGCAGCCUCAAUCCGUACGACUGCUCGCCGAUUGGAGUCGGAGACCUGCAGUGCGCCUACCAUCCGUCGGUCCUUGACUUGGCGGCACUCACGGGCAUCAUCUACACCAACACGCCCGGAUCCACAUACGUCAACUCGGUGCGGUGCAGCUGGAGGCUCACAGCGUCGAGCGCAGCGAGCCAGACGACGAUCACAUUCCACGCCGUCGAGACCGAGGCUGGCGCUGACGUCUUUGAGGUGUACUCGGGCGAUGCGCGAUACGGGGUGUACUCGGGAACCUCGAUCGCCAACUUUGAGAUUACCCUUUGCUCUCCGGUCCGCCUGCAGUUUAUCGCCGACGAGAUCCGGAGCCGACGCGGGGUGGCAGUCUCGUGGGCCAUUACGCCUGCACCAAGCCCGUGCGUAGAGACAGGUCCGCGAUCGACGCCGUUUGGCGAGGCGCCACCGGCGACCAGUGGCGGGUCCGGCGCUGAUGCCGCGAACGGGCGGGGAGCCGUCUCGUCGACGUCGUCGUCGUCCACGCAGCACGUUCCGGUCGCGAUUACGGUUUCGGUCCUGAUUGUGGUCAUAGCCACCGCAUGUGUGGUGUUCUAUGCCGUAUGGCGCCGCUCACAUCGGCCGGCCAGGCCGGACGUCGCGCCGCGCGAGCAGGCACGUCUCUCGGCCUGGCGCCGGCGCGCCAGCAGACCGCCGGCGUAUGCCUCACCAAGCGCAUCUGGCGAGUCUGAUGCGAGCGAAGCGCUAGCGCAAGAGUCCGAGAUUGACUUAACGAGUGCGACAAGUGGCACCGAGAGCGAUCCGCCGCCGUACGACGUGGUCGCGCGCUGGCGGCGUAGCGACUCGGUCUGA